UGAGCCAUUUGGUCGUCGGCGCUCUAGUCUUUCGCACUACGUAUCUCAGCUUCCCACGCACUGUGCGGCAUUUCCGCCCUUUGCAGCUCGUCGUACGUAUGCAGGGUUCUCACAAGACUAGCUGAAAAUUUCGUCACACCUCUGCACAUUUGUACAAUAUCGGGCCCCGAUUGCCUUGGGUGCGUUCACCAACACCCCGUUACAGAACCCACCCCGCGGUCCACUGCGUACUCGAGACCUUAGCCGCCGUGUGCUACGUCGUGCCCACGGCUCCUUCCGCACUCGCCAAAUCAUAUAAUAUCGCGCCUGCCCUUAUGGGCCCAACAGCUUGAGCGAACACCUCUCGCCCUCCUCACCACCUACAAUCGCUGCUCUGUUUAGUGUACCAUGUUCACUGCUUCAUGACCAGACAUUGACCGCUACAUCUUGUGCAUAUUCAACAUACAUUCGAAUCGAGAGUACCAGCACAACCCCAUGGAACUGCGCGAGAGUCCGGUAUCGGUGGUGGGGGCAAGAGGUGGAUUGACCAAACCAGUCAUUGUGGAAGAGACACGUCCCACAGCCGUCGCAAACACCGGCGGGCAAGGGGAAGAGGCGUUGAAAGACGUUGUGUGCGGUUCAGUCGCUGGCAUUGUUGGCAAAUACAUUGAGUACCCAUUCGACACAGUCAAGGUCCGCCUGCAGUCACAGCCAGACACUGUCCCUCUGCGGUACAAUGGGCCCUUGGAUUGCUUCAAGCAAUCCCUACAGCGAGAUGGGUUCAUUGGCAUAUACAGGGGCAUAAGUGCGCCGCUGGUCGGUGCUGCUGUUGAGACAAGUACCCUGUUCUUCAGUUACCGAGUUGCCGGAGACACCCUGAAAGCAUCUGGAUUCUAUCCCGAGCUAAAGAGAAAUCCCGAUCAAGACCUACCCUAUCCUGCGAUGCUCGGCUGUGGUAUGGUCGCUGGGGCCAUCACUUCGCUCUUCCUCACGCCUAUUGAGCUCGUCAAAUGCAAGGUGCAGGUACCAGUAGAGACACCUGGGGGUAUCGUUGCUCGCCCUACCGUGCUCAGCAGCAUCGUCUCGGUAUAUCGACACCAGGGAAUCCUUGGCUACUGGCACGGCCAGCUUGGAACCUUGAUUCGUGAGACUGGUGGCGGUGCAGCGUGGUUCGGUGGAUAUGAGGGCAUGAAGAUCAUCUUCAAGAAGAUGAACGGAUCUACCAACGAUGAUCUUCCGAUCUAUCAACGUAUGACAGCCGGGUCCAUUGCUGGCGCGGCGUACAACUUUGCGUUCUACCCUGCAGACACCAUUAAGUCGCGCAUGCAGACAGAAGAUGUAGGGAAAUUGACGGGUGGCCGUUCCACCUUUGGCGCAGUUGGGAAAGCAUUGUGGAAGGACCACGGUAUCAAGGGCAUGUAUCGCGGAUGCGGCAUCACCGUCGCGCGGUCAAUUCCUAGCUCGGCAUUCAUCUUCACCAUAUACGAGGAGCUAAAGAAGCACUGGCCAGAGAGGCGGAUGGAUUGAGGGAGCAUUCAGUAUCAUCUUGGGCGUAACGAAUUGUUCAUUGUUGCGCGAUACCCUAUAGAAGCAUUGGGUAGCUACGGCGUUGGUCGGGGUUCAAAAGAGCGUCAUGUAGAGUGAUAUGAUAUAAUCUUCACAUACUCGAGGCCAUACAGAUUGUGUACUUUCCU